CGCUCAGCAGGGAUUUCACCAAGCAACGGUCAUAUCACUCCAUCUGAUUCCAUAGCUCUCCGCAUCGCGCGGCGCUAUGGUGGCGAUCCAGAACUCGCAGAAGUACGACCGGCAGCUGAGGAUAUGGGGAGAGCACGGGCAGAAAGCGCUGGAGCAGGCGCGAGUGUGUUUGCUGACAGCGGGGCCCACAGGCACUGAGGCCUUAAAGAAUCUGGUCUUAGGGGGGAUAGGCUCGUUCACUGUGGUGGAUGGCGCUACUGUGGAGGCCCAUGACCUUGGAAACAACUACUUUUUGGACCGCAGCCACCUAGGGACGUCUCGAGCGCAGGCGGUGACAGUGCUGCUGCAGGAGCUGAAUGAGAGCGUGGCGGCUAGAUUCGUGGAGGAGAGCCCCGCGACCCUCAUUCAGAGCAACGCCAAGUUCUUCAGCGAGUUCACCCUCGUCAUUGCCACCCAGCUGCCAGAGUCCGUGCUGCUACAGCUGGACUCUGUGUGUCGGCAGUACGGAUGUCAGCUCAUUGUGGCACGCUCCUACGGGCUCAUGGGCCUCAUCCGCAUCUCUGCUUCGGAGCACAGUGUGGUGGAGUCAAAACCUGACAACACAGUGGACGACCUGAGACUGCACAAGCCGUGGAAGGAGCUGCGCGAAUUCGCUGAAGGAUUCGACCUGGACAUGGAGGACGCCAUGCUGCACAAGCACAUUCCGUACGCUGUCAUUCUGCUGCAGGCAGCGCAGAAGUGGCAGCAUUGGGGGGGGAGAGAGGAGAAGGGAGGGGAAGAGGCAGCACCGGUGGCAAUGCAAGCAGAUGGAGAGGGGCAAGGUGGGGCGGGUGAGCCGCGAGCGUUGCCUCGCACUGCCAAGGAGCGAUCAGAGUUCAAGGCGUUAAUCUCAGCCCACCAGAGGCACAUCGACGAGGACAACUUCAAAGAGGCGCUCGCUGCUGCGUAUAAAGUGUGGUCGCCGCCCCCAGUAGGCUCAGAGCUGCAGGCCAUAUUCUCAGACCCAGCCAUUCAGCUCUCGCAUGCCUCCUUGGACUUUUGGGUGCUUGCUGCUGCGCUCAAGUUGUUUGUGGAGGAGGGGGAAGGGGAUUUGCCUGUAGAUGGGUCCAUUCCUGACAUGCACUCCCUCACAGAUUUCUACGUGGCACUUCAGAGAAUCUACCUCAGCAAGGCGGAUGCUGAUGUGGCAGCCGUGCAGCAACACGUCAGCGACCUGCUGAAGAGCAUAGGCAGGGACCCCGCCUCCAUUCCCCUCACUGCAGUCAAGCUCUUCUGCAAGAAUGCGCGGAACCUGAGGGUGGUUCGCUUCAAGCCUUUAAGCGAGGAGUUGGGAACAGGGGCGCCAACUUGCAUUCCAGCGCUCCAGCGACUCAUGACAUCUUCUGAUGGCAGCCACGCCGCCCUCUACGUGCUCCUGAGAGCAGCGGACCAGUUCUUCUCCCAGUUUCAACACUACCCCGGCUCCUUCCCUGGUGACGUGGAUGAUGAUGACGUGGCACGCCUAAAGAGCCUGGCAGGGUCCAUAGUCAGUGGAGGCGGCAGCCCCAGCCAGUCACCAUCGAUCCCGGAUGAUCUGACGGCUGAGUUGUGCCGGUUUGGUGCCAGUGAGCUCCACUGUGUUGCUGCUGUGAUUGGAGGAGUGGCAAGCCAAGAAGCAAUCAAGCUCAUCACCAAGCAGUUUGUGCCUGUCUCAGGAACACUGAUCUACAAUGGAAUCUCCCAGUCUUCUUCAGUUAUAAAAUUUAGCUAGGGACAUUAGUGGUGCUAACCAUUGCGAGGGCUUACUAUUUUUUUUCACGGCUGAUAUCAUGUCUGGGAGAAGUGCCAUGGAUGGAAAUUUUGAUACCAGAAGUUGCAACUCGUAAUUCAAUUAGUAGAUA